AGCUCUUCAUCCAGCACAAGUCCCUGAGGACAACAGAGCUUACAAGGGUCUAGGACAAGAGCCAAUAAGAAACCUCGUGUGAACAUGACCUCCAAGCUGGCUGUCGCUCUCCUGGCAGUUUUCCUGCUUUCGGCAGCUGUGAGCGAAGCUGCAGUUGUGCCGAGAUUAGGUACGGAACUUCGAUGCCAGUGCAUCAAAACACACCCUACACGUUUCCCCCCCAAGCUUAUCAAAGAACUGAGAGUAAUUGAGAGUGGACCACACUGUGAAAAUUCAGAAAUCAUUGUAAAGCUCGUCAUUGGAAAAGAGGUCUGCCUCGACCCCAAGGAUAAGUGGGUGCAAAACGUUGUGCAGAUAUUUUUGAAGAGAGCUGAGAAGAAAGAUCCAUGAAAAAAAAAAAAAGCAUUCUUCAUGGUUUCCAAGAAUUCCUCAGGAAAGAUGCCAAUGAAACUUGAAA